GCUGCCUGUUGCCCUGCCGCCGACGCGUCCUGCAUCGUCCUCUCCCAUCAGACUCGCAAGCCUGCCCAAGUGGUGCCCUGACGCCAUGUCAUCCAGCAGACGGUCCACUGGCAGGCAGUCCAACUCCGUCGCCACGUCUUCGUCAUCGCCAGGUCAUCUUCCAGCAACGGCCGCCUCGCGAGCCCGCGGCAAUGGAGGCGCUGCACGAUUCGAGGACUUUGCAAAUUCAACAGUAGUCACUGACGCAGAUGAUACCUUUGGGGCAGCUAUCAAGGGGAAGCAGAGAGCGGCUCAGAAUGAACAAGAAAGCGUCGAUGAGUUCGCUGCUGCCGCCACCGCCACCAGUGAGCUUGCUGCAUCUUCGUCGAACAAUACCAGGAGACCAAGAAAGACUUUCAACGAAGUGGCCGACGAUUCCGGCUUUGUCUUCACCGUCGAGCCCAAGCGCGAUGCUGUCCCUGCGAGCUCCUCGUCGAUGGGCCCCCCAAAGAUACCCACCUCGCGCUCCUCGCGAGCAUCAAAGGCCCACGCUCCGCCACCCUCAACGUCCCGCUCCAAAUUCAUCAGCGAGCCUCUACCCUCCGAUCAGGUAGGCGAGACUCCUAUAAAUCGACGCAAUCGUCUCUUCAGAGGUGGAGCGGGGCCUAACCUGCCAUCCACACCAGCCUCACGACGUACAGCCAGCGGAUCGUCUUCAUCACGUCGCUCCUCCCUCAACUUCAAGACGUCACGCCGCUCCUCGAGUCUGCGUGAUGGGUCUAUUGCCUACCCACACCCGAGUGUACCAGACAAAGAGCUCUACCGGCAUUGUGCGGACAAUAUGCCACCCGUAGCCCGUAUGAAGCACCUCGCCAGCUGGACACUAGAGCGCGCUCGUGCAGAGGUGCUCGAAGCUACGCCUGCCGCUGGGCUGGGCAGACCCACAGCACCCAAAGGCAAGCGUGCUGCGGCAAAGGCGGAUCAGGGUAAAGGCACUGGGGACGAAGGCAGCGGCGCGUGGAGCAGCCAGGAGAAGAAGGUACUCGAGCGAUGUCGCUCCAGUCUGGAGAAGGUGAUGCUCGACACUCUGCGAGAUCUGAGCGACCAGAAGAUCAACAUCAGCUGGACGGCUGCAGCUGCAGCAGCGAAGGGAUCAGCCGGCUCGACACCGCAGCCUCGCCCGAAUCCGCUCAACGAGUCGAACAAGGCAUUGGCUGAACAGCUGGGCUCGCUCGUUGCGGCUCUGAGGUCGGAGAAUGCUCGCUGGGAGGAAGAGAGAAAGGAGAUCGAGGCCUUUGAAGAAGUCACCGCUUCCAUGCUUGGGGCGGGCGCCUCUAUUGGCGCAGCAACUUCACGAGACGUGACCAGUGCAGCCCCGUCGUCUUCCUCGAGUAAGCUGGACGAGCUCGACUGGACGACGGAAGAGCUCGAUCCCUCCAUGACACGCAUGAUGCAAGACGCUCGUCGCGCUCUUGCCCUUGAGGAAAACUGGCUGCCAGCCGCAGCAUCAUCUGAAGCCGACAGCAACACCAUCGCAACCGCCAUCCGGGCCGCAGCAGCUGCGAAGCGCAAAGCGGAAGAGGACAAUCUGGCAGCGCAGCGCAAGGGGAAGCGCAAGAGCGAGAUGAUCCCGUCGCUUUCCAAGGAAGACGAAGCGAUGAUCAUCGCAGGAACGAACCUCGAUCCCCGCUGGGCAGAUGUGGAGUAUCGCUCCGAUGUGCUACAUUCCCACACGCACAUCGCGGACCGGCUCUCUCUACUCUCUUCGUCGUACACGAGCUCCAUCUCCGCGAGGGCAGCACAGGCUCUUAGGCAGCUGGCGUUCGCUCCAGGGGACGCGGCCGAGGCUGCUGCUGCGGGCGCUGAGGCGGGAACCUCGUCGUCUUCGUCGUCGCAGCAGCAACGUGGCGCUGAAGGUUCCGAGUCGCGCAAAGCGGCACGAGAACGUCGCGAGCGUAUCUUGCGAGGCAUUCGCGAGUCUAUCGGGCCUGUGAGGAGGCAGGAAAUUGAGGAUGAAGAUGCCGAGGCUAAGGCGCUUGAGGAGCAGGCGGCUGCUGAGGCGGCUGCGCAGGGUGGAGACCGUAAAAGUGGGCCGGAUGACUCUGGUGUGCAGUUGGCGGAUCAGAGCGCCGUCGACUUGUUCAGAGCUUUCGCUAGUACGAAGAGAGGAGGUGCUGCGGGAGGCGGCGGCGCAUCUUCGAGCAAGGGUAGGAGGAGUGGCAGGAGUAGUAGGAGAUGAGUGCGCGAGGGCAAGACGUAGCGGAAGCUUCAUAUCCAGGACAUUGUACAGCUCUGCGCCGCAGGCGCUGUGCCACAGCUUCAUCUUUCCAUUCUCAAUGUUCCAAUUCCGUUACUUGACUAUCAGACUGCAGUG